CCGUUUGUAGUACACCGCCGGCACACUAUGCGUGGCGGCUCGAGUGGGUCGUAGAGGGGUGAACGAGGAAUUGCAAGGUGGGGGCAGCAAAGGCGCGAUGAGAUCGCAGGCUCAGUUGCCGUGCGACUGUCGAGGGAUGUGUUGCUGGUGUUGACGGAGUUGCCCCGAUCUCGGUUUCGCGCCAAGCUGCAGUGCGAGGCGUUCGCUCCCGUUGCUUCUCCGUGAACCCCUUAGGACCAGGGGGUUGCCAGCCGAGUUUUUACUCCGCGUCUUUUCGUCAUUGCGCAAGUUUUGCGAGUUACGCGCGUUUCACGUGCGGCGGGAAAAAAGAAGUGACCAGCUGCUUCGGAGUCGAAGGUUUUCCCGUGGGCAAGGGGGUGAGCAAGAACAAGGGGUGGAGGAGCAGCUUUACCGAUUUAAAUCUCCAACCGCAGGAAGCCAUUAAUACCGUCAGGUGCACGCGGUCGACGAACACGUACACGUACACGUCCGUAACCACCGCCGCCCCGUGCGGGAAUGGAGCAUCCCCGUGCGCGCAGUUGAGCGAUGAUCGCGCGCGGAUCGGCCGCGAGGAACGCGUCGCCGUUUUCAUCGCCAGAUGCAUCGUCGGGCCGCAGUGUCACUCUUGGCGUAAGUUGGUCGUCGGUCGACCUGCUACCGGGAGCGAGUGGCCGCUCGAGGACGACCGACGGUUCCGGACGGUAGCGAUCGACGACUGAAGGCAAGAAUAAAAGGAAGAGCAAUCGACGAAUAACGGAGAACUCGACGAGUGUGGUGAAGAAUGGUGCAGUGAGCGCGCUCGGAUGUGCGUGCGUGUGGUGUCUCGGGCCUGUGAAAGGGCUGCGUGAGAAAGCGAGGAAGUAAAAUAAAAAAAGAAGUAGAAUCGAAAAGCAAAGGAUAGCGAAGUACACGCACCGUGUGUCGUGAUCCGUUUGACAUGAUACAUUUUACACUCUGAUGGUGGUACGCAUCAUCCCCCGAUAGUAUCGCGGUACCAUCCAUCCCCAAUCUACCCGGCGCGAGUAUACGUCUCGGAGAAUACGGGGAUCUCUCUCUUCUUCGCGUGUGUGCGCGCGCGCGCGCGGCAAUUAACGGACGAGUCGGAGUGCGAAACACGUGUGAAAUUACUAUCCCCGUGUAAAGUUACUCGGUGACCACCACCCCUGUAACCAUGGAUAGAAAGCCGAGGACCAGGAUCAGCCGUCGCACGCAGAUCGCGAUAAUGAACCUAUUGCUGCUGUGCACUGUGCCCAUCCGAGCGCGCGUCGAGGAGACGCAGAUGGACACGCACGAGGGUUCGACGGUACAGUUGCAGUGCCGGUUCCCACCACCGGGCAAGAACGCCACGUGCUUUUGGCUCACCCACACGAACAAUAAUCUCGACAACGCGGCGAUCGAGAAUCGCUCGCUCUCGCCGAAUUACAAGGUGUUCAUGAACCUGGAGGAGGGCCGAUAUGACCUGCAGAUCCGAAACGUGUCGUACGAGCGCGACAAUGGCAAGUACGAGUGCAGGGUGAAGGCCGGCGGCUCCGGCAUCGACCUCCACAGGAAGUACAUCAGCCUGACGGUGCUGAGAGCGCCGGGACCACCGACGAUAUCGCCGACUUCCGCGCCCGCCACGGAGGGCCAGAAGCUCGAGCUGCAGUGCAACACGUACGGAGGCAGCCCGGAACCGGAAGUCAGAUGGUAUCGCGGUAACAGCACCACACCGUUGCAUACCGGCAGAACGCUAAUAGUGGAACCGACCCGGGAGGACGACCGGGCGAUCUUCCGGUGCGUCGUGAGGAACCGGGCGAUGCGCGAAGGUGAGACCCUGGACGCGUCGGUGACUCUGGACGUCAACUACUUCCCGCGCGUCUCCGUCGGCCCGGAGAACCCAUUAAAGGUCGAGGUGAACGGCACUGCCAGUCUCGAGUGCCACGUGGACUCGAAGCCGUCGGUCGGCAUGGUCCGCUGGUGGCGGGACGGUAGCUUCAUCGCCACCAGCUUCCAGCACAUGAUACCGAAAGUCACGCUGCAGGACGCCGGCAAGUACACCUGCCAAGCGGACAACGGACUCGGCAAGCGAGGUGAAGCCUCCCUGCUUCUGGACGUGCUCUAUCCGCCCACGGUGUUGAUCGAGGGCGACGUCGUGCGGCUGGCCGACGUGGAGGAUGGUGUGACCGUUCACUGCAACGUGUCCGCCAACCCGAUGCCAUCGGUGAUCGAGUGGCUGCGAGAGGGUCGCCCGGAGUUCAGGCAGUCCGGUUCGAUCCUGCGCUUGACUCGGGUCACGGCAGACCACGCCGGCAAUUAUACGUGUCGCGCGGUGAACACGAUCCACCCCAGCGGUGGAGAACGCAGGAACCACUCGGCGUUCGCCAGCGUGACCAUCCGAGUGCGCCACAAGCCCGGCCCGGCCAGAGUCACCCCGGAUUCGCCGGUGGCCGUUGAGGGCUCUCGGGUGAUACUCACGUGCAUGGCCACCCCGGCUGGUUACCCUGAACCGCAGUACAAGUGGUGGAAGGAGGGUGAGGGCGGCGCGAUCAUGAUGCCCGCGCCUUCCGGCCCGAAAUAUGAGAUCGACUCGGUGCACCUCGGUAGCGAGGGCACCUACAAGUGCCACGCGAUCAACGAGAUCGGCAUUGGCGAGGCAGCAUCGGUGAAUCUCACUGUUCACCAGCCCCCGAAGAUACUCACCAAACUGCAGCCCCAUGUCACGAGAAAAGUCGGCGAAUCGUCGUUCCAAGUAUCCUGCGUAGCGCAGGGCAAGCCGCGGCCUAGCGUGCGCUGGCUGAAGGACGAUCAAGAAUUAACUGCCGACGAGAGACUCUACAAAGUAAUUACGACGGCGUCGGAGGGCCACGGUAGUGUAAUAACCGUAAAUUCCACUCUGAGCUUUUUGGGUCACGCUCGUCCACAGACCGACGAAAUCGUGGCGGGCGAUCGCGGCAAGUACACCUGCGUCUUCGUGAACGAGGUGAAGAAAGUCGAGUCUACGAUGAUGCUCAAGGUGGAACACGAGCCUAUAGUGCUCCACCAGCACGGUAAGGUGGCGUACAACCUCCGAGAGACCGCUGAAGUAGCUUGCAAAGUUCAGGCGUGGCCAAAACCGGAGUUCCAGUGGAGCUUCGGUACCAAUGCUGCGACUCUUCAGGGCUCCUCGAGCGACGGUCACUACGAGAUUACCACCACCAGCGACAACUACGAUGCGUACACAUCCGUCCUGCGAAUGACUAAUAUCCGAGAAUCCGAUUAUGGCGAUUAUACCUGCCGCGCCGCCAACGCACAGGGUAGCGUCACGUCCACCAUCAGGUUGCAACCCAAGGGAGCACCAGAGAGACCAACCAAUAUCACUGCCAUGGAAGUCGGGCCUACGUACGUCGCCCUGUUGUGGCAGUUGGGCUUCGACGGCGGCCUGCCGAUCACCAAAUACUUCGUUUCGUACAGAAGAGUGGCUGGUGGUGACGAGAUAGUCGCGCCAGACUGCGCACCUCCUCGUGGACCGGCCGGGCAGUGGCUCGAGCUCGAUUGUCGACGAUCGAAUCCGUGCAACGUGACCAAUCUUGAGCAGCAUCAGACGUACACGUUCAAGGUGAAAGUUUACAACACCAAGAACCACUCUGACUAUUCGGACGAGGUAACCGCCACCACGGCAGUGGCGAAGAUACCCACGCCGUUGAGGGUGAGCUAUGAUCCGGAAAGCGGCACUCUCGCCAUCAACGUGGGUGCCACGUGUUUAGCGUUGGUGGCGUCCAUCGAGAAGUUUGACGGCGGCUCGGAUAGUUCUUGGCGAAUCGUCGACGAGUGGCCCCUCGAAGUUCUCGGAAGCGCGCCUACUCAAAGGGAGGGAAUAUUGGACGAUCCUGAGACGCCUGACUCGGAACCACGUCUCAGAGUUCGACUGUGCCUCAAAGCCGAUCGGCAGAAGUGCGGCGAGUACGCGGAAGCCGAAAUUGGACCAUCAUACAUCGCGCAAGCCGGUGCUCUCGCAACGCCGACUUUAAUCGCGCUGAUAGUGAGCGGAGCUGUUUUUCUCCUCUUCGCGGCCUUGCUGCUGCUGUUCUGCCGAUGCCGGCGAAAACACGCGACGAAGGCGAAAGAUUACGAGAUGGACUCGAACGCCGUCCGACCAAGUCUCGUGGCGGGUAAUGGACAACAAACGCAACCGCCGCCACCGUACUACGCCGAGAAUAAAGCGUUGGAGCACAGCUUGGAUCAUGCCCUGGCUCUGGAAGACUCAAAGACCCCCGCCUACUCGCAAUCCGGAUACGGUUACCAUCAACCUAAUCACAAUAUCAAUGGCGUGAACAUGGGCUACAUGGACAACAGCUAUUCGAACUCGAACAACGGCGGUUCCGUGAACUCGCAAGAUUCCAUAUGGCAGAUGAAGUCGGCGGCAGCGAACGGCGUUAAUCAGCCGUACGACCUAGCCGGAUAUGGCACUACGGAGUCAGAUUACCCGACGCACCCCCAUUAUCUGCCGCAGCGAGAGGAUUACAGGGAGAGCCAUAAUCUGAGCCGGCAGCAAUUCUGCACCGAGCCCUUCGCUACCGUCGUCAAGUCCCAGAAACACGUCGAUUCGCCGUACGACGUGUCGGGGCUGCCGUACCAGGAAAAUUACGACGAGGACGCGAAGCCGCCGCAACAGGUCAGCCUCUCGUACGACGAGAGCCUAGAGUCCGGUUACUCCACGCCAAACAGGCGUCGGAUCAUCCGGGAGAUAAUCGUUUGAGACCUGCCUACCGGCUCAAGAGCCGGCAA